GACGUCAAAGUUUGUUAGAAAACCUCUAAAAACUUUAAAAGCAAAACGCCAACAAAAUUCCAAGUUAAAAUUCCACGCCCAAAAUGGUAUCCAAAACCUCUUGUGUCACUGCGGGAGUCCUCCAUCUGAUUGGCGCCUCAUUCUUUUUACCUCAGCCGCAGAACCAAUGUUCGGCGGCACCCAAACUGGGCAGGUUUUUGUUCCUUUUGGCCACUUUGCUAUUUCUCGGCAACUCAAAAGUGAUUCCCAGGCGAUACAUGCAAAUGGCACCGGGAAUCAUUAGCUUUGUGGAGCUGCUGCUCGCCGUCUUUGUCCAGGAGUGGCUUAUGCACGUCCUGUGGUGCAGCAUGGAACGCUUCAUCCAUCGUAUGGCGCGAAUCUUCUGUCAGAACUGUUUUUGGUGUGAAUUUGGUGUGGAUACUCUCUCCACCUUGCUGAUGGGCCUCUCUGCCUUGUAUGUGGUCGCCGAGGUCGUGUGUCCGCCUAAGGUAAAGGCAGCUGUGGAAAGAACGAUUGGCCGGGUCUUGGAUCGGCUACCCAUUAAUCGAGGCAGUGGCUCCCUCGUUGAGAGGAUCAAGGAUCUCCGUUGCUAUGUCAGAGGUGCCAUAUUCUUCUUUCGCCUCACGAGGGAUCAAAGGAUGCUCAUCAUUAACGUGCUUGAGGUUCAAGUGGAGUUGGCCAAGCGAGAAAUUUUGGAGGCAAUGCAGGCAGAUCAAGGUCACUAUCAAGAUAUAGCUGCGGAGAGUGAGGAGGCAGCGGCUGGGAUGCAGAAACAGGGUGAAGAUAAAGAGUCACUGGAAUCAUCUUUGGAGAACAAGGAACCGUCUUCAGAGAUCACCAAGCUAAUUUCAAAUACACAAAACCAAGAGAAGCCUCUACAUAUCGACAGUCUGAAGCAUCCUCUAGAGUUCCUAGGAGAAGAAGAACCUCCAGAGUGCCUUGAGCGCCAGGACGAGCCACCAUUUCAGUUUUGAGAUUCAACAACUUCUUUUCUUCACCUCGGAACCUUUCGUAUAAAGGGAGCCACAUUUGCCACCA